AUGCCUGUUACCUCAAACGACUCGUUCCUGUCCUCAAUUAGAGACUUUACUUCGCGAGGACAUUUACUUCAUACCCCUAGCCGACUAGACCAGCACGUCCUUAACGGCUGGUCCAAAUCUACUCUUAAGGGAUACAACUCCGCAGUGCGGAAAUUUCUCACGUUCAAGAAGACUUCCGGCCAUCUUCGCUUUACCCUACCGGCUGCCGAGGAGGAUAUUUACGGUUUCUGCUUCUGGGCAGGAAAGAAGGACUCAGAUGGCGGCGAAACCGGAGUGCUCAGUGUUACCCUCAAAAAAUACCUUCAAGGGUUGAAAGCAUGGCACAUCUUUCACAACUCACCAUAUCCUCUAAUCUCGGAGAAGAAAGUAAGCCUCCUUUUGAAAGCCUCUCUCAAGGUUGAGGCGCAGGCGGCGAGGAAAGAACCAAAAAAGCCGGUAAUGAUAGAACACCUGGUAGUUUUAGCGAAUGACCUAACGUCAGGAGAUUUAGAAGACGCCGCGGUACUCGACUUAGCAUUGGUAACCUUCUGGAGCCUAGCAAGAUUGGGCGAAGUAACACAUGAUCCGUCCAACCCAGGCCGAAAGAUUCUACGACGCGACAUUACGAUCAGCAACAAUGGCUUGUCAGCGACCAUCGAACUGAAAGAAUCCAAGACGGCCUUACCGGGAGAAUCCCAGUUCCUCCAACUGAAGCAGAUGCCGAACUGCCUUUGCCCAGUCAGGGCUCUGACACGAAGAAUCGCCUCUUGCGGUCAGAACGAUCACGUCUUCGGCUUUUACAAGGAUGGACAGCAUAUAGCGCUGACUAAAUACUACGCAAAGAAGAGGUUAUCCGCCAUAUGGGCAGCCCAUGGCUUUGAUGGACUCUCCGGCCACUCUUUCCGAGUCGGCGGCGCCUCCUUCCAAAACGCCUUAGGAAUCCCACCCGAGCAGAUCUGCAAGGUGGGCCAAAUAAAAAGGAUUAACUAA